AUGAGUAUCUCCUCAAUAUGGGCAAAGGCAUGGCUCAUCAUUCUGUCUAUCAUGGCGGUGUCUGCCUCUGAAACCUCUCCUACUCGUUGCGUCAUGUACCUUACUGGACAACACAAUGUUGUUCCGUCGGACCCGAGUCUUACCGAGGGAAUUACACAUGUCAUCAUCGCCUUCAUGCGAUCUGAUAUCUUCAAUUCCAAUCGAAGCUCGCCCGAAUUCCCCCUUUUCACGAGUGUCCAGGAUGUUCGGGAUAAAUUUCACCCUAGCACUAAGGUCAUGGUCGCUAUCGGUGGCUGGGGUGACUCUAAAGGAUUUGAAGAAGGUAGUAGAGACGACUUUUCAAGAAGGAUAUGGUGUGAGAAUGUCCGCGACAUGAUUCGCCUCACUGGCGCUGACGGUAUUGAUAUCGAUUGGGAGUACCCUGGUGGAAACCGUGAUGACUAUAAAACUAUCCCAAAUGAAGAGCGGUCAUGGGAAAUCGAAGCCUUCGUCCAGUUGUUGACGGAUUUGCGUGCCACCAUUGGCACCGAGAAGAUCCUAUCCAUCGCAGUUCCAGGCCUGAAGAGGGAUCUUAUGGCAUUCACAGAAGAUACUGUACCCAGGAUUGUCGCUCAGGUGGAUUUUAUCAACGUCAUGACCUACGACUUGUUAAAUCGGCGCGACACCAUGGUAAAACAUCACAGUGGUGUAUCUGCAUCAUUGAGUUCCAUUGAGACUUACAUCGAACGCGGCGCAGAAGCUCAUAUGCUGAACUUAGGGCUGGCUUACUAUGUUAAAUGGGCGUUGACCGAGGAGUGUGACCCGGACCAUCCCCUGGGUUGUCCGACUCAGCUUCUGGAAGACCCCAAGACAGGUGAUGAUCUCGGCCGGACUGGUGCCUUCAGUUGGCAUGACAAAACGCCUCUAGAUCUGGAACAGUCGUUCUCUCGCGCGACGCUCAAUGGCCAGUAUUUUGAAGAUGGUAGUUUUGGCUAUUGGGAUGACAAGGAGAGACGAUGGUGGACCUUCGAUACACCUAAGAUGAUUGACCAGAAGCUGAGAGAUAUUGUCUAUCAAAGGAAGCUAGGGGGUGUAUUUGCAUGGGGUUUGGGCGAAGAUGCACCUAAUUUCUCUCACUUACAGGCAACCAUGGAAACCCUUCGGAGCCUGCGGGUGGACAAAUCAGCGGACCGCGAAGACAAAGAUGAACUGUAG